CAGGCUUAAAAUCAUUUAUUUUGCCCUCUAGAAGUUUUGAUCGCUAAAACCACCAAAUGUUUCAUACUUUGGCUCAUUUAGUUCACAUAUUCAAAGGCAGAAAGAAAGAGAAGGAUGAGAAAGAACCCAAAGUUGAAAAUGAAGCCCCGAAGUAUGUCCAAAUGCUUCGACAAUAUGGUUCUAAUGUUUUGGACUUUUCGAGUCAGUACAGCUCCAACGACUCAAGAAGUUAUGCAGCAUGUAAUAUUKCCGGUCCGCCGUCAAGUUUUCCUAACUAUGGCGACUUUGUCAAGUCCUUUGUUUUGAGAACUUAUGGAAAAUGGUGGAUCAUCGCACCAUCGGCUCAGCCAAAGUUCAAACGAAUUUCUAAAUCAGCCAAAAUUUYUGAAAGCAAUGACUUUGUAGAUAUUUUAUUUGAGCAACCAGUAAUACCAAAAGCUCUUCAUAUAUUAGAGACAUAUCACCCUGGAUCAAUUAUCAGAAUACUUGCAUUGCAAACAAACAGUUAUCAUUAUGAAGCAACCUGUGGUAAAACUGGGAGGUGGGUAACGUUAUGGUCUGGGCCUAUUCAGAAACGACCWGCUGUCUCUCAAAACUUUGCACCCCCUUUACAAAAAACAGAUAAACCAAUUCAUAUUAUCCGUCUAGAGUUCAACCACAAACAUCUUGAAUAUUACACUGAAGUUGAUGCUGUUGAACUGUUGGGAAAUAUUGUUACAGCAGAUGACAAACCUCUGCAGGAACACCAUGAUGGUGAAGAUAUCGAUACUAAAGUUACCACCAAUCUCAUGAAACAAUUGUCUAUAAAUGAAGAAAUCCAAACAAAUGAAUUUUCUUCUGAUAAUGGCUUUUUUGAUCUGCUUCCUAGUGAAAUUGUUCAUCUGAUAUUUUUAUAUUUACAACUGGAAGACAUUUUCAGAGCUGCAGCUACAUGCAGAUUGUUUUUCCGUCAUUGUUAUGACCAAGUUUGGUUCAAGGAGCUGGACCUAAAGCCUUACUGGUCAAAGAUGAAUGAUAUGGCACUUCAAGGUUUGCGAAAUCGGUGUAUCGACACAGGGAAGCUGAAUUUGUCUUGGUGUGGACCUUACGGCGCCAUCUCAUCUCACGGCUUCAAACAAUUCCUAGAGAACUCAUGCGAAAAAUUGGUUUGUUUGCGCUUGUCCGCCUGCAAUUUCGUGGACGAUAGUGCACUCUGUUCCAUAGCAAAAUGCUGUCCUCAGCUACAAGAGCUUGACCURUCAUCCUGCAUGAUGGCCACAGACAAGGGCUUUAAGCAUUUAAAAGUCUUGAAAAAYCUGACGAGGUUGAACUUUUACCGUGUGAAAAUUUGUGAUAGCACACUUUUGGAUAUACUCUGGUCUUGCUGUCACUGUCUCGAACAUUUGAAUAUCGGUGCAUGCUCCUAUAUCCUCGAAUGUGACAACAUUGUACUUUAUCUAAAGGAUAACUGCAGGAGUCUAGUGUCGCUUGAUCUGUGGAGGAAUUCUUCUUUGUCGUCAAGUGGUUUACAACAACUCGYUACUGGAUGUCCUUUAUUGGAAGAAUUAGAAAUCGGAUGGUGUUCAGAUGUUAUAUGUUCGACUGGAUGCGUGCAAGACUUCGUYAAGACUCAUCCCAAACUCAAGAAACUUUUCAUGGCUGCGAUACGAUCAAUUAGCAACGAAGACGUUCUUGCUGUAGCUGAACACUGCCCAAAUAUCGAACAGCUAGAUAUUUUAGGCACCUCGUUGGUUGGUCCACGAGCUAUUAGAAAAUUUAUGGCCAAGCGUCCCCGACUUUUGUUUUUCGAUGUUUCAUUUUGUUCACAGAUCAGUAAGGGAUUUGUCAAUGAAAUGAGAACCAUGUAUCCAAAUACAUCAUUCAAGAAAAGCUUUACAACUGAUCAUGAUGAUGAUCGUGAUGAGAAUCAUGAUAACGAUAAUGAUGAUGACGAUGACAAUAAUUAAUAAUCUAUUUUUAAAACAUACAUUACAGUCUCGAUUAUUUUUUUUAAUACGUACAAAUGUGAAAUCCACUAGCACAAUUCUUAUGAUAACAAAAACGAUUUUGUAAUAUACAUUUUGGAUGCGRUUCUGUGCAAGGUUGGUCUAACUCAUCUGCAUGGAUUGCAUGGGCACAAUGCGUGAUAUAUAUAGAAUUUAGUAAACGGAUGAGUUGAGAGGACUUGUUUUAGUGUCACCACGUAUGGCCAAUGAGAUCAACAUAGGAUUCUGAAUUGAGUGAUGUGCUAAAAUUUAUCAUCACCGUCACAAAAGCACUGUAUGGUAUUGUACAUUAAUUUUUUAAAAGUUAUAURAUUAAAAUAAUGUUACAUUUAA